GCUUCUUCUUCGAAGAAAGAAAGAACGAAGUACUGCAUUGUGACCGAGGUAAUCGAUCAGGUACGUGGGUUGGUGGUGACUGAGCAGAUGGAAGGAAUGGAGAAGGAGCGUGUGGAGGUGCGCACGCGGCCGAGGCCACCACUGCCGGCGUCGCAGCAGCGCGCGGUGGACCAGUUCUGGAUGGAGCGCCAGGAGGAGAUCGAGGCGACGGUGGACUUCAAGGAACGGAUGCUGCCCAUGGCCCGGCUGAAGAAGGUCAUCGUCCGCGCCACCGAGGAUGACGAGGACGGCAUGAUGAUCUCCGCGGACACGCCGGCGUUCCUCUCCAGGCUCUGCGAGCUCUUCGUGCAGGAGCUCGCCGUGCGCGCCUGGGCGUGCGCCCGCUCCCACAACCGCCGCAUCAUACUCGGCGCCGACAUCGCCGAGGCCGUCGCAGCCACCGAGUCCUACGACUUCCUCCUCCCCGUGCUCCUCGACCACCUGCACGUGGUGGCGCACGGCGGACGUACUGCGCCGGCGACGGCGAGGCUCGUCACCAGGAAGCGCCACAUGCCGGACCCGGUCGACCCUCGACGUGCAGCGCGGAGAGCCCCUCCCCGUGUUCGUCCGGUCGUUUCCCCGGCGCCACCCUCCAGCGCCCGCUACGCGCCGUAUCCGUUUCCGUGUGUGCUGCGAGAAUCAGCACCUCCCCUGGAGGAUGAGCUUAUGCUGCCAGCGCCACCCAUGAACUACACGACAAGGGGCUGCGUCUUCUUCAGGAACGGCGACACUUUUGAAGCUGAAAACUCUGCUGCUGAAAUGGUGAGAGCUCCUCCUCCUUUGGCAGCGUCUGCAGGAGGAGAGCUACAGACCAGCACUGUUCCUCCUGCUCCUUGCUACUUCUACUCUUACCCGGUGAUCGACGACAAUCUUGACGCAUUCGCUCUUGGCAACACCGAACCGAGUGGAAACACUGAAAAUCCUGCCGGAAAUGCCGACGGAAACGUCAAUGGUGCUAUUGGUGUCGCUCAUGGUGGCCAGCAGCAGGAGCUGAGCGGAAACCUUGGCAACACUGAUCCGAGUGGAACUGGGAACGAGUCCCCAAUGCACUACAUGCUUCUGGAGGAGGUCCUGCUGGAUCAAGACCUGCUGUUUCCUCCUGAUGCUGCUGAUAUGUUUCCGGUGGUGAGCGCCCUGCCGGAUCCGGAGGAUUUCAUCAUCGACCAAGAUGUUCUUCACGACGUCUUCGCCGACCCAAGCAGCAGCAGCAGCACUUGCAGCAACUAAACAGAAAUAAGCAGAUCGGAGCAGGGGACGCGCGCAUCGUUGGUUGAUUCAUUGAUCGUCUCUCAAGCUCUGUACUAGGAGGACAGCAAAGAUAUGGAAUAAAUUUGGUGUGUGUGCGUGGAGCUGUGUGGUUCGCUCCAUGGAUCUCCACACAUCAAUGUAUGCAUUAUGAGCGUCUGUGUAUGUAUUGGGUUUCGUAAAUAAAAAAGAGUGAUUUGAUAUUA